AUGGCCUCUGUUGUUGCUCCAGGUUUAAAAGGCGGACGAAAGCCAGAUUUAAUUUCCAUCAUUAAUGGAUUCGAAGGCGAUGUCAAUGAUGCCAUUUUUAUAUCCAAAGAGAACUAUAUUUUAACUAGCUCUGACGACAGAUCUCUUCGAUUAUGGGUUACCCGUGAAAGUGGUAGGUAUUGGCCAUCAGUUGAGAAAGUGCUCCCUAGUCCUGCCGUUAUCAUCCUGUUUGAUAAACAAACAAGUCGAGUUUGCACAGGCCUGGCCAAUGGAACAAUAUCGGAUUUCACAUUGUCGUCGGACUUUAACUGCCUUAAUCACAACCGAGACAUCUUAGCACACGUCGAUCGAAUAAGCGGACUCUUACUUAUCAAAGAACUGAAGUUAAUUAUUUCAACAUCCAAAGACCAAACUGUCAGUUGGUUCAAUGACGAAAAUGGCCAGCAACUUGGGACUUUCAAUAUCGAGGCUGCAGGAACAUGCUUACAAUUUGACAUCGCUACGAGCUGCCUUUUCGUGGGAGAUGCCAACGGCAGAAUCACGCUUCUUAGCUUUGCCAAGUCCCGUGAUCUUUCGUCUUAUGAGCUCAUCAGACAAUUUCACGGCCACACAAAGAGUGUGACUUCGAUGUGUUGGGACAGCGUGACCUCGCGACUUAUCUCCUCCUCAGCCGACCUUUCUGUGAUUCUUUGGGACAUUGGCGGAGGCAAAGGAACAGCCUUGGAACUUCAUGGACACAAGGGCGCAGUUACCUCGGCCAAGUGGUGGCACAAACCACUGACGGCACCUAAAAAGGCCGGAGAUGAGAGUGGCAGCACGUGCAGUGCUGCCAAUGUCGCCACCUACAUCAUCUCCAGUGGCCUCGACGGCCUGGUGUUCUUUUGGCUCAUCGACGGCGAGGAUAGUCAGGGGAAGCGAGUGCGGCGUCAGGAGACACCCAAUUGGUCCGAGUCGGAUACCUGCCAACUGUGCUCAGCACCGUUCUUCUGGAACAUCAAAAAGAUGUGGUCUGACAUGGCGGUUGGUGUUCGACAACACCACUGCCGUCGCUGUGGCAAAGCAGUCUGUGAAAAGUGCUCGCUUAAUCGAUCCGUUUACCCGGUGAUGGGCUUUGAAAAGGAAGUCCGCAUGUGCACGGAAUGCUUCAAGGCCAUAGCAAGUGAGAGUCUCACCAGCUUGGCAUAUUUCUUUGAUGCUCGCCACCCCAUCAUCCGCAGCCAUCUUCUCGGUGAUCUAAACUUCAUGCUCACAAUUGGAAAGAACAAGGAAGUAAAGGUUUGGGAUCUGAAAUCAUUCCUGUGA